AUGGAGAAUGCAGUGAACCAAAAAUCAGUAAUAAGUGUUAGAUGGAUAAAAACUCCCUCCAUGAUGGCAAAACUGAACAAUGACGGAAGCUGUAGGGAUGAGCAGUGUGGAGGAGAGGGACUGAUAAAGGACAACCAAGGAAACUUCAUUUUUGCCUAUAGCUUUAAUUUGGGGCAGGGUACUAGCAACAUGCCUUCAGCUUCAACUUUAUUAUGUGGCCUGAAAUGCUGUGCAAACAAUGGAAUCAAUUUAGUAUGGGGAGAGAUUGAUUCCCUUGUACUCAUCAAAUGCAUUAAAAGAGAUUGGAAACCACCAUGGAAGAUUGCAAAAGAGAUUCAGCAAAAUCAGAAUCUAGUUGAAGAAAAUGGAUUCAACAUUAGCCACUGUUUUAGAGAAGCCAACAAACUUGCAGAUAAGUUAGCUUCCUUUAGUGCUUCCUGUAGGAUUACAUGCAUCAUCAUCAUCAUCUUCUUCAAUGGAAAAGGAAGAAGAUGA